CAGAUGUGGUACUUGUUGUUCAUCGUGUUUGUGACCUACUCCAUGCUGCCCCUCCCCCUCCGCUGGGGCAUCCUGGCCAACUCCUUCACCGCCCUCACCCACCUCAUACUUAUAAGCGUACAACUAUAUAAACCUAAAUCACUCUCUUGUUUACAUGAUCAGGGGCCAGCUCUGGUAGUGCCGGUGCUGUCGAACAUCACGCUCUACGUGGCCAUCAACUUCGCCGGGAUGUACACCAAGUACCUGACUGACCGCACCCAGAGGAAGGCCUUUCUGGAGACUCGCCGCGCCAUGGAGAUGAGAUGCCGCACACAGAAGGAGAACGAACGCCAGGAGAAGCUGUUACUUUCAGUACUGCCGAGGUUCGUGGCGUUGGAGAUGAUCCGGGACAUAGCGCGGGAGGACGAACGGGGUGAGUUCCAGCCCUCACAGUUCCACAAGAUCUACAUCCACCGAUACGAGAACGUCUCCAUACUCUUCGCUGACAUCAAAGGGUUUACAGCCCUCAUGAGUCAGUGCAGUGCCCAGGAACUUGUCAGAGUCCUCAAUGAUCUCUUCGCCCGCUUUGACCGUCUGGCUAGUGAAAACCACUGCCUCAGGAUCAAGCUGCUGGGGGACUGUUACUACUGCGUGUCUGGGUUACCUGAAGCGAGGUCAGACCACGCCCAGUGCACCGUUGAGAUGGGCCUCCAUAUGAUCCGGGCCAUCAAACUCGUGAGGCAGAGAACCCAGGUCGAUCUCAACAUGAGGAUCGGUAUCCACUCCGGGGCGGUGCUGUGUGGGGUGCUAGGCCUCCGCAAGUGGCAGUUUGACGUGUGGUCCUACGACGUCACCCUGGCCAACCACAUGGAGUCCGGCGGCAUACCAGGCCGUGUCCACGUGUCGAAAGCCACACUGGGAUGUCUCAAAGGGGUGUACGAAGUGGAGCCUGGACAUGGCAAGCAACGGGACCAGUACCUCAAGGAUCAUGGCGUGGAGACAUUCCUCAUCAAGCGAGUGGAGCCUCUACACCCCAGGCGUCGAGGACCACGGUUCUCCCGGUCCAGACUUUGGUCAGAGGACGAGCGGAACAACUGCAUCUCUCAGAGGGUGUCCUCUGGUGGCACCACAACCUCCAGCUCCCCUGUUCACCGUCACCCCAGGGGGCCCUCCACCAACCAUCAACAACACAACUCAAACAGCAUCAUUAUCCGCCACCUGAACCAAAACGAGACAAUCAGCGAGUGUAACAAUGGCCACACAGUCUCCACCACUACUGCCGCCCCCACCAUCAACAGAACAGCCUCCACAGAGACAGAUAACGGGGAUGAAGGAAGUAGGAAGUCAGAUGGAGGACAGGGGAGCAGAACAGGGUCGCCAGUACAGAUGGAUGAGGAGAACACCAUAGACUGGACUCCUGAAAUACCAUUUGGAAAUCUGGAGAUGGACUGGGAGGAUGAAAUGUUUCCGGAAGACGAAUCUACUGACUUCCUUGAGGAGGAGGACGAGGACACAGAGGCGGGACAGUUCACCAAUCCCUCCUCUAACUUUAUUCAUGAGGUGGACAACUUGAUGGACAAUAGUAUAGAAAUUGAGUCCAACAAACGGAUGAGAGCAGAACACAUGCAUCCCAUCACACUCACAUUCAAGGAUCUUAAAAUGGAGGAGAUGUACCACCAGGUCCGCGCUGACCUGUUGAAGAGCAAUGUUGUCUGUACCUGCAUUAUCUGGGUGCUUAUCGUCAUCUGUCAGUCCAUUGUGGUUCAAGAUGUGACUGUCUUGUUAGCACCCUUCGUGCCUGCAACCAUCCUUCUAUCAGUUGGUUUGUUGUUGGUGAUGGCGGAAGAAUUCCCACGUUUGCCUACGAGCCUUCGGCGCUUGUCCACUCGCCUAGCACGGGCAACCUUUGGCAGGAAAGCCUUCAUCUGUGCUCUCAUGGCCAUAAUAUCUGUGCCAUCAAUGCUUACUUUGAUUCUUGUCCAGUCAGGCUGCUCCGAGCCAAAAAAUACAUUUCAUGUAUCUUUUGGCUCGCCAACAAGUUUUGAAGCUUCCAGUAUCACAUUGAUGGAAGAUCAAAAUCACAUGGGACCUCUGCAGCCACUGAGUGAUGGCAGUCCACUUCUAGUGAAAGAUAAUGAAUCUGACUUUCCCUUAUCACUAGUAAAAGAACCAAAACAUAUCACUUUACAGACCAGCAAUAUUAAGGAUAUUAGAAAUUUCUACCACACAACUUAUGAUAUAAAUUUCCCAAUUUUAAGUACCUCCAAUAUUCAUCCUGGAAAUGUGGAUUAUUUAGAUGGUUUGGAGGAAAGCCGUUUAACACACAAAGUAGGAAAUAAGCGAAAACUUGCCGAUGGCUCUGAAACAUUAACUGGUGACAAGCUCAGUCGUGGUGAGAGGGCCACUGACAGUGUUUCUUUUAACAUUACUUCACCAAGAUAUGUUAAUACUAAAUUAGACUUGAUACCUAAGUUCAGAAACAGAGAUAGAGACUUUGUUAGUGCAAAUAAACUUCGUAAUUCUGUAAGUGCCAAACUUCAAACCAGAAAGUUUCCCUUACAAGUCACAAACCAUAUAAGGAAUAGUUACAGCAGUGAUUUAAGAACUAGAAUGCGUCGUCAUAAUGAUAAAAAGUUAAUUAAGGUAAAAACAGACAGUACUAAUGUACAUGAUACAGCAACUUUUGAUGCUCAAGUGAAUAAAUCAAAGGUUCAAAGCAGAAAAGAAAUUAUCCCUUUGGACCUGACUGAUAUUGCAUUUGAACAUCUAAAUUUGGAAAAUGCAACUGUGUUAAGCACCCAGCCUACUGAUCCAGAACAUCUGUACUGUAUGUACCCGCAGUACUUCGUCUAUACAUGGGUGUUAUGUAUGGUUGCACUCGCAUCCUUCCUCAAGUUAAACUAUCUUGUCAAGACGAUGGUUUUGGUGUUUAUGGUAGCCUGCUAUGGCUUCCUAAUUAUUAAAUUCAACUCAAUCUUCGAUCCUGUAUACAGAAUGACAGUGCUGCUUGUACUGUUUUUCUUUAUGGUAUCAUACCACGGCCGCCUGGUUGAAAUUACCUCUCGACUCGACUUUGUCUGGAAACAACAAGCCUUAAGGGAGCUAACAGACAUGAGUGAAUGUCGUCUGUACAACACCCAACUCCUGAAGAACAUUCUUCCAGACCAUGUAGCCAAUUACUUUCUCUCAGAAGAUAGGAAAGGGGAGGAAUUGUUUUCAAAGGCCUAUGAAAAUGUUGGAGUGUUGUUUGCAUCAAUUCCUAACUUCACACAGUUUUACUCAGAAGAUGUCAACAGAGGAAUGGAAUGCAUUAGAUUACUCAAUGAAAUAAUAGCUGACUUUGAUGAGGCACUGGAUGAAGACCGCUUUACUUGCAUUGAGAAAAUUAAGACCAUUGGCAGCACAUACAUGGCAGCUUCUGGACUUAACCCCACUGAAAAGGAUGCUGAGGACAGUCACGCCCACUUGUGUGCCCUCGUAGACUUCGCUCUUGAGAUGAAAGCUCGGCUUGAAGAUGUGAACAAACAUUCUUUCAACAACUUCAGAUUGCGAGUGGGCAUUAGUCAUGGACCAUUGGUUGGAGGUGUGAUCGGGGCCAAAAAGCCUGUGUUUGACGUAUGGGGCAACACUGUCAAUGAGGCCUCUAGAAUGGAUUCCACAGGUGCCAGUGAUACCAUCCAGAUACCCAAAGAGACGGCUCAGAUAUUAAACUUUCGAGGAUUCAGGCUGCAAUAUCGGGGUAAAAUAUCGGUGAAAGGAAAGGGGGAGAUGGAUACUUACUUCGUGUUAGGACGAAAGUCUUCACGUCAGACGCCCUUCAGCCGCCAUCCGUCCACUUAUAAUUCCCUUGCUGAGGUGGUUUAUGGAAUGUUCCAGGCACGCAAGAAGCAGACCAUUAAGAGAAGCAAUACAACAGUGAAGAGGGAUCGUCAGAGGAAAGUCUCGCCUUCAGAAACAGGCACAUCAACUGCUCCUACUGGCCUUGGGACCCGUGACUUCACUCCAGGACUGUCUCGCAGAGGAGGCAGACUAGAGAAAACUGCAUCCUCACAUCACAACCUCCGUAGCUUAUCUAGAGAUGACCAUCGACAAGAGAUUGCGAGUAGAGGGCAUGACGAAGCUGUGUAGCUGUGACCAGGGAGACCUUACAUAGUAGAUAUGAAUCCUACUUGGCAGCUUAAGUUAAGAUCCUGUACAUCAUGAUAGAAAGUACACAAUAGGCCACAAGUAAAUUUGUGCACAGGUUAGAAAAAAGCAGUUCAUUCAGAAUUCCAGGAAAAUUAUAGCCCUUUUCCAAAGCUAACCCACACAAGCGUGGAAAAUGGCCGUAAAACAGAUUGGAAACUGGUUGUGAAAUACUGGCUAAUAUUGAAGCAGGUGGAUAAGCUAAGGCUAAUACCAAAUCAUGGGACUUACUUAUGGCAAAAACUUAUCAAACAGAAGUAAGGUGAAAUACUUGUCAUAUAACCGAGACACUGUUAAGUACAGUGGAUUCUUGAUAAUUCGCGCGUUAGGUGCCAGAAGACACUGUGAAUUAUCAAAUUGAUUUAAAUGAAAAUAAUGAGUUAGGUUCCAGAGGCCAAAAUGUUUUAAAACUACUUUAAUAAAUACUAAAUAUCGUACAUAAUACAUUCCAUAGAAAUUACAGUAAUACAGCUAUUAUACCAAAGGUAGUUUUAUAUUACAUAAACAGCUUCUUCCAUUCUCAUAAUCAUCCUCUGGGUAACACCUUUAAACCAACACAGAGACUGGCUGGCUUGUCAGCUGUUCACCAAGAAUUUAACACAACUGAAUAACACGUAAGGGGUUGAGUGUAGGGUUUAUUUUCUCAGGAAAAUUCCUUAUUAUACAAUAUUUUUAUUUUAUUAUACCACCACCAAAUGAAUGCAAAUAAUAUAGGAAUUAUGGUGCAAUUGCAUACUGUAGUAAUGAAGGGGCCAGCCACACAUCUCUCCCUCACACAAUUCAUGUUUUCUUUUUUUUAUAUCUUUAUAUUAUAAUUGUCUCAAAUUAUAAAGUUUUUAUCGCGAAAUUUAAAAGAAAUUCGUAAUAGAAGUACCCGCGAAUUUAAGGAUAGCCUGUACAAAUUUGUACUUCAUGAAUUAUCAGGAUUCCACUGUAGCACUGUUCAUAGUAAAUGCCAUUUAGAAAGGGAACAAACUAUUGGCAAAUAGACAAGGCAGGACAGUACAAUACCUUGACUCCCAGAAAUGGUUUUGUCCCAAAACUUGGGGUAUGUGUGCUGCAGAAAUGCUUCCAACACAAUCAUAGCCUGACUGGUUGCACCGAACCAGAAAUAUGCCCUCAUAAUUUAUUAGUUUGACUCCAUCUACCUAUUUUAACAUGCUAAUUGAAAAUGUUUUAUACACUUAUUCUUAUAUACAGUAAUCAACUUGUGCUUCUCCAGGUGAUUUCGAAUAGUUUGAAAUGAUUGCUUCCAGUAAUUUGCCUACAAUUGAUGUGAGACUGAUUGGACGGUAGUUAGAGGAUAGUAAUCUAUCUCCCUUCUU